ACCUUAGCCCAGGACGCCAGGAGGGAUCCCGUAGAAUUGAGCUGGGCUUCGGCCUUCCUGCCGCUUCCGAGAGACGUUUCCAGAAGCCAUUUCCGAAUGUCCGCCUCCGGCGACCCCAUGGAUGCCCUCCCGGCGGCGGUCCUCGCGGACGUCCUGGGCCGCGUCGCGGACGCCGCGGACAUCGCAGCUUGCCGCCUCGCCUCGCGAGCGCUCCUGGCCGCGUCCUACCUCUGCCCCCGCGCCCGCCUCUGCGCCGCCGACUACGCGCGUCGCCGCCGCCCGCGGCGAUGGCCAGGCCGGGGCCUCCGCUUUCCGCGCGACCGCUGGGGGACUCGCGUCGCUCCUCGGGGCGCACCCCCGCUCCCUGUCGCUCGACGCGGCCGACGGGCAGGGUUUCCCCGAUGAGGCGAUGUGGGUGGAGGAUGGGGAAUUCGACGAGGCCGACGACCUGCACCUCACCAGCGGGGAGGCCGUGGCGGCGUGGGCGGCCACCGCCGCGGGACCCGUCCUCCGGGAGGUGGAGAUCGCCGAUUACUGGCCGCAGGCGUGCUGGAGGAAGGCGGAGGCGCUCCCUCUCAUCUCCCACUACUGUCUCAAUCUCAGCAGGCUGGGCAUAAAAAAUGCAUGGCUUUCUGUUGAUGGGCUCAAGAAAAUGCCAAAUCUGACUCAUCUGACACUUGAGUUCAUUAGACUAGAUGACGAAGACCUCAACCAACUGAAUGAAUGCUUCCCUUGCCUUCACACUCUUAAUCUUAUAGGAGUCGGAGGGCUCAAGGACCCUAAGAUUCACCUUCUUCAACUGAAGACUUGCUACUGGGAGGUAUCAAAUGUCCCACGGUCUUUGGUUGUCCUUGCGCCAAACUUGGUUUCUCUAGAAUUGAAAUGUGUUCGACCAGAUAAGCUCAUUUUGGAUACUCCAUCCUUGUCUACUCUGAAGCUCGCCAUUCAGAAACUUGGUGCAACUGUCCAAGUUGAUGGUCUUGUGAGCUUGACAGAUCUUCGCAUUGAGUCACUGGAUCUUAGUUACCUGUUUCCAGUAUUUGUAGGCAGUCGAGCUAUCAGGACGUUGGAGCUUGAGCUACCUGAGUCUGCAAGCCAGUGUGAUCUUCUUGAAGCCGGUACCCCAGAUUAUCUUCUGAAAAUGCUUGCUAGCGUCAGUGAGGUCAAGCUAGGACCAAGAUUUUCAUGUGGACUGACACUAUGUCUCGCCCUAUGCAAAGAUAGUGGGUUUCAAAGUUGCGUGAAGAAACUCCUAAUUCAUAUGCCACAAUCAGAGAGUUCGUUUCAGCUGUUAACCCUGCUACCAUUGUUUCAGAUCUGUGCACCUCUGUGCGAGGUGACUGUCCUUUUCCACACUGAAUCAGCUGAUGCUAUCCGUCAAGGUGCAAUGUCAAUUGGUAUGCAAAGUUUUGCAGGGAUCAUAUGGCAGUGGGGAACUUGGAAGUAAUCAUGUAUGUAUACUUGUAGACUAUUUUGAAUCACAUAGCCACAGUAUCUGUGUGAUUUAAACCUUUUGUUAUCAUAGCAGCCCCUUUUACAGAACUGGGAGCUGGUUUGUUUGCUGGCAUGUAUUGUGCUCUAACAUCGUGCAAGACUUAUUAACAAAUCAAGUAUGGUUGUAUCUCA